AUGGAUACUACAUGGGCAAACAGUUUUGUAGUACCGGACAAGACGAUUUCCUUGGGGAAAGCAGACUGUUUGGACGACGGUGUUAAUAAAAGAGAAAAGGAAUUACAAUCCAAGACCAUCGAAGGAGGAAAAGGAGGAGGAGGAGGUUCAAAGAAGGAAUUACGACCCUGUGAAGGAAAUCGGACAAGUAAUUACAUUCCAUUGCUUAUUGCAGCCAGUGAAGGAAUAGUAGAAAUAGUGAAUGAGAUACUUCAAGUGUAUCCUCAGGCAAUUGAGCACGUUACUAAGGAUGAGGAAAACAUAUUGCAUGUGGCCAUUAAAUACCGUCAAAUGGAAAUCUUUCGCCGUGUAAAGAAGAUGAAAAUAAUAAGGGAUUGUAGGUUGGUUUCAAGGAUUGAUAACAGAGGCUACACCAUAUUGCAUCAUGUCGCCGACACGGAGAAAUAUGACGGAGGAAACAAAGCUGGCCCUGCACUCCAAUUGCAAGCGGAGUUGAAAUGGCUUGAGCGUGUGCGAAAGAUAAUGCCCUCUCAUUACGUCAUGCACCGCAACAAUGACGGCAAGACUGCAGACGAGCUCUUCAAAGACACACACGCUGCUCUUCUCAAGAAGGCUCAAAAGUGGAUAAAGGAGACCUCUCAGUCGUGCUCUGCAGUUGCUGUCUUGGCCGCCACUGUCGUUUUCGCGGCUGCCUACACCGUCCCGGGAGGCAACGACGAGAUGGGUCGUCCAAUUUUCCUUCACUCUCCCUUCUUCUUAUUCUUCACCGUCAUGGACGUUGUCUCCCUUGCAAGCUCCUUGACUUCCGUCGUAAUGUUCCUAUCCAUUCUCACUUCUCCUUUUGAGCAAGAAAAUUUCCUCAGAUCUCUCCCUCGGAAGCUCAUCGCGGGGUUCACCUUGCUCUUCUUCUCCGUAACAACAACCAUGCUUUCGUUCACAGCAACUAUUCUGCUCAUCAUUCGCCUUGAGAAGAAAACAUGGACUACGACUCUGAUUUACACUGCUGCAUUCCUUCCCGUCUCUGUGUUUGCGCUUAUGCAGUUCCCCUUGUACCUUGCAUUCACCAGUUGUUUGCAUUCCCUUAUAAAGAAAAUAAUGAAGAAGGUUCCUCGUCUCUUCAAGAGAGCUGCAAGGAGAAGAUCUAUUCAGACUUAA